GCGCUCUACUUCCUGGAUAAGAAAGAAACAGACCGGGAGCGGCGUUUACUGUUUCCUCCAGCAGAAAUAUCUGUAUAUAUGCUUCAGUUAGACUGCAGCCGCUCGUCUGAUAGGACUAAUGGCAUUUCGGAAAACAGUGAAAGCGACCCUGAUAGGGGGCGGAGCCAUAGCCACAGUCUUUGGCUUAUCACAGUUCAUGGAAUACAGGAGGAAUCAGACUCAACGGGCUCGGCUGGCCUACGUGGAGGCCGAGGGACAGAUGCCGGUGGCGUUUGAGGACAGACUGCCGUCACGUGAGGAACAGCUGGCAGCGCUGCAGACCACGCCGGAGUUCGACGUGCUGGUGGUGGGGGGCGGAGCUACGGGCUCAGGAUGCGCAUUAGACGCAGUCACACGCAAUCUGAAGACGGCCCUGGUGGAGAGGAGCGAUUUCUCAUCAGGCACCAGCAGCAGGAGCACCAAGCUGAUCCACGGAGGAGUGCGCUAUCUGCAGAAGGCCAUCAUGAAGCUAGAUUAUGAACAGUACAUGAUGGUGAAAGAGGCGCUACAUGAGCGCGCUAACCUUCUUGACAUUGCUCCUCAUCUGUCCGCUCCACUACCCAUCAUGCUCCCGGUUUACAAGUGGUGGCAGCUGCCGUAUUAUUGGGCCGGGAUAAAGAUGUACGACCUGGUGGCUGGAACACAAUGCCUGAAGAGCAGCUACAUCCUGAGCAAGAGCAAAGCCCUGGAGUUUUUCCCCAUGCUGAAGAAGGACAAGCUGGUCGGCGCCAUCGUCUACUACGACGGUCAGCACAACGAUUCCCGCAUGAACUUAGCCAUCGCUCUGACGGCGGCUCGCUACGGCGCCACUAUCGCUAACUACACUGAGGUGAUGCAGCUCCUGAAGACCACGGACCCAGACACGGGGAAGGAGAAAGUUUGUGGAGCACGCUGCCGUGACGUCAUCACAGGUCGGGAGUUUAACAUCCGAGCCAAGUGUGUGAUUAACGCCACGGGCCCCUUCACCGACUCGCUGCGCAAAAUGGACAACCAGAAGACGCCCAACAUCUGCCAGCCGAGCGCCGGCGUCCACAUCGUCAUCCCAGGAUACUACAGCCCGGACAACAUGGGGCUUUUGGAUCCUGCCACCAGUGAUGGGCGUGUCAUCUUCUUCCUGCCCUGGGAGAAAAUGACUAUCGCCGGGACGACAGACACGCCCACGGACGUCACAGCGCACCCCAUCCCCAUGGAGGAGGACAUUAACUUUAUCCUGAGAGAGGUGCGACAUUACCUCAGCCCUGAUGUAGAAGUGCGAAGAGGAGACGUCCUGGCAGCCUGGAGCGGCAUCCGUCCACUGGUCACUGACCCUAACUCUAAAGACACCCAGUCCAUCUGUCGCAACCACGUCGUCAACAUCAGCGAGAGCGGCCUGGUCACCAUCGCUGGUGGCAAGUGGACGACCUAUCGCUCCAUGGCCGAGGAAACUCUGGACGCUGCGAUUAAAGAACACGAGCUUCAUGCCGGGUCGAGCAGAACCGUAGGUCUGAAGCUGGACGGAGGGAAAGACUGGACCCCGACCCUGUACAUCCGACUGGUUCAGGACUACGGUCUGGAGAUCGAGGUCGCCCAGCACCUCGCAGCCACGUACGGAGGGAGGGCCUUCGAAGUCGCCAAGAUGGCGCAGGUGACGGGGAAGAGGUGGCCCAUAGUGGGAAAACGCCUGGUGUCAGAAUUCCCCUACAUCGAGAGCGAGGUGAUGUACGCUAUUAAAGAGUACGCCUGCACAGCCAUCGACAUUAUCGCCCGGAGGACACGGCUGGGUUUCCUGAACGUCCAGGCUGCUGAUGAAGCUCUUCCACGCAUCGUGGAGAUCAUGGCCAAGGAGCUAAAGUGGAGCGAAGAGAAGAAAAAAGAGGAACUGGCGGCAGCUAAACAGUUUCUAUACCAGGAGAUGGGCUACAAAGCUCGCUCUGAGCAGCUAACCAAGACAACUGAGAUCUCACUUUUGCCAGAGCAGGUGGCCAGAUACAAAAAGCGUUUCUACAAAUUCGACAAAGAGAGCAAAGGCUUCAUUACCACUUUGGAUGUGCAGCAUGUUCUGGAGAAACUGAGCAUUCAGAUCGACGAGAACGCCCUGCACGAGAUCCUCAACGAGGUCGACCUGAACAAGAACGGACAGGUGGAGCUGGACGAGUUUCUGCAGCUCAUGAGCGCCGUGCAGAGGGGACAGAUCUCCGACAGCCGGUUGGCCAUCCUCCUGAAGACGGCGGAGGAAGUGCUGGAUUCCAGAGGACCCGUGUCUGUGGACCGCAGCGGUGGAGGAGUGUGAGAAUUCGCAAACUUCAACCAGAAGCACAGAUCUUUAACAGGUGUCCACUGAAUGUUAUCAGAUUUAUUUAGUCAUUUUUUUAUUGCUUUACAGAGAAAACAAUAUUUACAUAGAAAUGCAUCACAUCAUCAUCAUCAUCAUCAUCAUCAUCAUCAUCACGUCCUGACCAAUCAGGAUUAUUUCUGUUAGCUACUUUUUACUAGAACAACGACCUUUACAAAGUAUUUAUUUCGCAUAUUACAAUUUAUUUUUGCUCCCUCAAAAUGAAAGAUUUUACUUGACAGAUGUGCAGUGAUGUUUUUUCACAGGCAUACAAACCACUCCAGUGAUCAGAUACUGUAUAUAAAAUAACCUUCAACUUCAGUUCAGAAGUUUAAGUUACAGAUCAUCAUGCAACUGCUUGGCUUUCUCGCAGAUCAGAAAUGCUGUCGCUAGCUAACGGUUUCUCGUUAAUCCGGAUGUACGGCAUUUUCUCCACUUUUAGCAACACUUGCAGCUUACAUGCUUCCUUAUUGUUCACCGAUGUCGAGAUCGUCGUACAUAGCAGCGAUUUGAGUCGAACCGAACCCGUCAUCUGUCAUUUUACCAGCAGGGGGUGCUAUAAUUAGCUAUAAUACACAUUCAGAUGGUGUUUCGAAAAUUGGAAAAGUCAUAACUUGGCAACAAUAGAAGUCGUGCUCAGACCCUGAAACACUGGUGAAUAUAUGUGUAAACUGUAUAUAUGCAGACGUAAGCCACGUGUACACCAGUGUGUGUUUGUGUGAUGCACGAGGUGCUAUAAGCGCUCACGUCUGUUGUCGUGUCCUAUCACCUUUUCACUCGCGUACCAUUUUUAGUAGCGUUAGUAUGGUGCGCUUGCACAAGGACACCCCCGAACGACCCCGUGUGCCGAGCUACUGUGACGUGAUGCACCUGAAUAAAACCAAAAGCUCCAUUUCUUAGUGCUUGGACCCCGUGAUCGGUUUCUAGCACUAAUACUCGUGCUCGCCUGUAGUAUUCACUUGUGAUUUAUUUGUUUUUGGCACUGCUUUAUUAUUUCUAUUAUUUUAAUACGCACAAUGUUUAUGGAUUCAUUUAGUCAAAACAGAAUCUUUAUAUCAGUUAUGUGAUUGUAAUUGCUGGUUGUGUGAUUUGAUGUAAUUUCAAGAGAAUUGUGUUUUUUUUUUUAUUACUAUUAUUAUUGUUUAUAUAUGAUUUGGUAUCAAAACAGUUUCCAGACCAGCUGUGUUUAGAAACUUUAUGUCUUUGUGCACACUGCAUUAUGAAGUUCGGUGCUCACUGUGACUGCGCAUGCAGCCUUGUGCGAUCGUCUGUUGGUGUGUUACAAAACUAAUCUCGAAAACUUUUUGAUACCAACUGGUAAUUAUUAUUAUAAUGAUGAUUCUAGAGGUUCUACUGGUUCCACAGUGUUCUACUGCCAUCCCGAUGAUGAGCUUUAACAAUUUAUACGCAAAUAUGUCGCAUGUGCCUUGUUGUCUAUCAGGAGAGAUGCUAUAAACGAUAACACAAUAUUUAUUCUACCUUUUUUAUUUCUUCGUGUAUAGAAACAGACACACUUUGUGUAAAGGUGUUUUUUUUUUCUCUGGAUUAACAUACAAUAGAAACAGGAGUUAAGCUCCUAUGGAAGGAUGAAAUUUCACUCCGUUCCUGACUGAAAGAGAUGAAGAACUGUACAAUAAAUGACUCAACACCUGAGAAAUGCAAUUACACAAUUAAACACAAUUAAACAUAUCUGGUUGCAACA